AUGGUGACCGCAAUUCCAACGUUAGGCGGCUUGGUCCCACCUCCGAACUCCCCUGUGAGCGACGCUGCAGAUGCAACGGUGGUCAUCCACAAAUCCAAGAAUCUGAAAAUUCGCGACCGCAGCACUUCUGCUGAGGGAGGUGAUGUUUCAGACCAAAUGGUAAUUACCAGGCAAUUCAAAAGACUAGAUAUCAGCGGCGGCAUCACCGGCCAGAUGGACAACAACUCGGUACAAACCACUGCUGCUGGUGGAAGUCAUACCCGUCCCCGGACGAAGCCAAUUCACACGAAUUUUGACCUACCGAUUCAACGUCCAGCCCAGCCACUAUACUUUCCAUCCGAGUCCAUUGGCGACUCCCAGAACGAUCUCGAUAAACGGAAUUUGGAGUUCGAUGUUCUCGAUGAGUAG